CUUCAGACCAUUACCUCAACUGAAGAAAGAACAAGACCCAAUCUUUGCAAAACAUUGAAAGAGCUGGGAUUGGCUGAUGGACAGAAGUUAGUUGUCGCUGAUGUCACCACACCUCAGACUGUCCUCUUCAAGCUCAAGUUCACAUCAUAAACAUGCAGCAUUAACCAUGUACAAAAUUAAAUGAAUGGCAGAGGUUCCUCAAACUCACCUGUAACCGUUUCUUCGCAAAUUAUACCGAUUGUAAAUUUUCCCUAUCUUUAUAUAAAUAACUCCCUUCUUGUUUAGAGUCUGUUUGCUUUGUGCUUCAGUCAUGUUUUGUUUUCACUAUAUCAUUCAUGAGGAAGGUUGUCAUUGGAUGAUGAGACCUGUACCACAGAGCAAGUUUAGCCAGGUAAGGUUCAGUACCACAAGUUUGUGUUCACUGGAUUAGUAACAAACACUGUAUGACUAAACUACCCCAGGCAGGGUAAGUUAUGUUUUCAAUCACAGAUCACCAAUCAGCUGAGAAUAAUGACGACAGUCACCCUGUAUCUUACUCCAGUUUUGUUUUUAUAAUGAUCAUAUCGUUCAUCAUGAUCUCUUGAGCUGUGUAUUUAAAUUCUUGAUGUUUUUCAUAAUUAUUAUCAGUGAUCAAACCAGUCCUGUAAUGAGUUUCUUUAACUUGUGGUACAGGGCUCUGGUACAUCUGUAUCAGUGGGAGUUUUUGUUUAACAUUUAGUCCCAUUAGUUCAUGUCAGGUGAUCAAUAACUAACAAUGAGCAAUAGCUUUGUUACAGUAUUUAUUAAGUGCAACUGUUUAUUGUUAGUUCAUCUUAGCAGGUACAUUAAAUAAUAACAUUAACAGACAACUUUAAGAUUAAUAAAUGCUUUAGAAGUCAUUUUUUAAUUGUUUUUGUUAACUAGUUACUAAUGUUAACAAAUGGAUCCUUACUGUAAAGUGUUCAUAUUUCUCUGUUUUUGGUGGUUUACUGUUCAGUCUUGUAAUAUGUGUUUUAAGUUAAUGUAUGUAGGCUACAUAGUAUUUUAGCAUUUGUUUGUGAAUGAAUUUGUCUUAUAAUAAAAGCCUUUUCUGAAGUUGUUUGACAUUUUUGCAAUUUUAUUUUUCAGUUAAAUAUAAGGAAAUGAUGGGUAGUAUUUGUAGCUAUUUCACUAUUGAAAAAAACCCUAUUUGUUUGCGUUUAAAUGUUGUAAAAUAUGCUUUAAGGUUACUUGUUUAUAUUUCUGACUCUUAAUUGUUAAUGUCUGCACAUAAUGGUUUGUUGAUGGGAAUCUCACACAGCCAGACUUCAGCGGAUUCUGUUCUCAGUGAAGCGCUAUUAUGACGCGAUGAUGCAGCAGGUAUAUAUGAACAAACUGAACUAGAAUUCUCUGUUGGGUGAUUUGGCGAUUGAUGCGGUUGGUGUUUUUGGUGCGGUUGGCGAGUUUCUACAGUUAUUGAAUUUCUCUGAUUAUUGAUUUUCGGUUUUUGACUCUCUUUCGGACUUUGACUAUCGGCUUUGGAUUCGCGACACAUUUUGAUUCUCGGUUUUUGACUCCCUUCUGUUUUUGACGCUCGAUUUUUGACUUCUUUGGAUUCCCGUUUUUGACCCUUUUCUCGUUUCGACUCUCGGCUUCGGACUCUCCUCGGAUUGGUUAACAGCUCGGCGACUGAAAAAAACGCCGAUCCUUUCAUUGAAAUGGGAGUGUUGGGAGUUUUAUCAGUGUGUCUGGAAACACAGAGAGCUGUGUUUGGUGUCCCCCUGAUCGGCCUGAGGAGGAGUGGACAGAUGAGGCAGGGUCUUCCUCUAGCGCUCGUGCACAUAGUGGAGUUUGUGGAGAAGCAUGGUCUCAGAGAGAGUGGCCUGUUCAGGGUUGGCGGGAAAGUGAAACGCUGCCAUGAACUGAGGAAAAGUUUUGAUCAAGGAGGCGUUCCGGUGUUUGACAGUGAGGAUAUUCCUACUCUUGCCUCAUUACUGAAACUUUUCCUCAGGGAAUUACCUGGUGGACUUAUUCCAGAGCCACACAGGACACAACUGCUGAAUGUGUUCAGGGAUUCAAAAGAGGAAGAAAUGAAUCAGGCUUUGAGGACAAUCCUGAACAGUCUUCCUGAGGAACAUUUUAACGUCCUCUGCUACCUGUUGUUCUUCCUGUCCCGUGUGGCUGCCGAGAGUGAUCUAAAUCUUAUGACAUCCAAGAACUUGUCAAUAGUUUUUGGACCCACCAUCUUUCACGUACCUCUCAGCCCCACCAUGGUUGAGGAACAGGGGCUGUGUAAUGCUUUGACAGAGCACCUGCUGAACAACCUGAAACAUUUGCUGCCAAACAUGUACCCUCAUGUGUCCACCAGCAACACAGCAGAGGCAGGGGACUGUCACUGCACUGAUGAAGAGUGUGUCCAACAGCUGCCACUCACAGAAAUCAGAUCAGAGUCACCUAAAAUUGGACGACUUGGGCGAUUGAGAAAAAGAUUAAGAAGUUUUGGAAGAAAGCUUUGCCCAUGCUUUGGCAGUAACAAAAUAGAGAAUGGAGAGGUCUCUGCAUGAAUGGAGACCUAGACAUUAGUUAAUAGAAGAUAAUUGGGUCCAUGAUCCUGACUGCAAGACACUGUGAAGACAAUGAGGCCAGUGAGGGUCACUGCAAGACACUGGGGCCGCUGAGCCUCAUCUCGAGACACUGGGGCUUGUGACCUUCACCAUAAGACACUAGGGCUGGUGUGGGUCACCUUAAGACACUGGGGUCAGUGAAGGUCACCACACAGCACUGGGGCCAGUGAGGGUCACCAGAAGACAUUGGGGCCAGAAAGAGUCACUGCACAGCACUGGGGCCGGUGACCCUCACCACAAGACACUUGGGCCGGUGACCCUCACCCUGAAACACUUUUCAGGGUGAGGUCUCUACAGAGCACUGGGGCUGGUGAAGGUAACCUCAAAACACUAGGGCAAGUGAGGGUCACUGGAAGACACUGAGGCUAGUGAGGGUCACCAGCAGACACUGGGGCUGAUAAGGGUUACUGCAAAACAUUGGGACCAGCAUUGCAAGACACUGGAUCCGGUGAGGGUCACUGGAAGACAUUGGGGCUGGUGACCCUCACCACAAGACACCUUGGCCGGUGAAGGUAACCGCAAGACACUAGGGCAGGCGAGGGUCACCGGAAGACAUUGGGGCCGAUAAGGGUUACUGCAAGACAUUGGGACGAGCAUCGCAAGACACUAGGGUUGGUGAGGGUCACCAAAAGACAUUGGCUGUGAUAAGGAUCACCACACAGCACCGGGGCCGGUGACCCUCACCACAAGACACUGGGGCUGGUGAAGUUAACUGCAAGACACUAGGGCAGGUGAGGGUCACCAGAAGACAUUGGGGCCGAUAAGGGUUACUGCAAGACAUUGGGACGAGCAUCGCAAGACACUAGGGUUGGUGAGGGUCACCAAAAGACAUUGGCUGUGAUAAGGAUCACCUGCACAGCAUCGGGGCUGGUGAAGGUAACUGCAAGAUACAAGGUCUGGUGAGAAUCACUGGAAGACACCAAUGGUUGUUACAUCUCCAUUAGAUGAACGUGUACUGCAUUAAACAACGAUACUGACACAAGCCUUGUAUAACUCAAAUUUACUAUCUGUUCGCUGGUAUACAGAUGACAUUCAGGGCAUACUGCGCAUGUGCCAUAAAACAGAGCAUAAGUACGGGGUGUCGUAAGGACAAUGUACAAUGCUUGAAAUGCAAUACACAACAAUGGUGAUGGACGACAGUAGGUGUGAUUAUGAAGAUACAGACAAGACAGAUGCUGAUGUUGACCCUGAAGCUGAUUCAAUUAAAGCUUGUCAUUUUCAGUCAAUUAGUAGUGUCUUUCUUUUUUCUUUAAGUCUUUUGUUUGUAGUUGUUUAGGCAAGCUGAAUUAACAAAAUGUCAAAUUUAGAAAAAAAGGCCCAAUUCUGCACUCCAAAGUUCAGCUUUUUACAUUUACAUUUAUUUACACCAAAAUCAACGCGGGUAUUACAAAACACCUGAUAUUAAAACAUUUCUCAAUACCAAUUUUUUUUUAUUAUUAUUAUUAUUAUUAAAAGUUUAAACACUUGUAUUGGUGUUGUUUUCAAUAAACUCUAAUAUGGAAAUGCUAUUAUUAAAAAAUAUGUAUAUCUGUAUAUAAUAAAAUAUGUUACUGAAACUGUCAAGAUGAGCUCAAGGCGAGCUAUUACAUAUCCGUGUCUCCCGCGUUACUAACACGAGUAAUCGCCUUUAGAGUAGUAAUAGAGAAGAUCUGAAUGUGAACAGAUGGUCUCUUGAUUAAGUUUGAUACUGAUGGCAGGGAGCGUCUUCCUGAGGACUUAACUAAACCGGCACGAGUACAUGAAUCGGAGGGACAUUGCUUUCCUGAGGAAAUACAGCUAACGUUAUAGGCUACAUCAACAAAUAGAUCGGAGACCUGGAAAAACACCAGGGAGCAAUUUUCCAUAGUCAGGUACUAUGAGCACUUGUGUUUAAAGACACUAGUCAUGGCAGAGUUGCAGAUCCGGAGAUGGAAGAUCAGAUUAACCCAGGGACUUGACAGUAAUACUGACACUGAUCUCUAACA